AUGUCUCGCAUCAAUUACAAUGGAUCGACCUCGUUUUCAUCUAUACUACGCAAACCAUAUCAAUCUUUCAACAGCUAUUUCCUACUGGAAAAGUCUCCAACAUCAACAUUGGCCGAUUUGGAAACCAAUACCAGCAUCAGCACUAGUAUUCACAGACUAAAGCACCACAAGUUCACCAAAGGAGAGAUCUUGCACUAUGGGUUUCUUUCUAGUGUUUGGUUAUUUGUGUUUAUAAUAUACCCUGCAUCCAUUGUUUACAAAUUACCCGUUUUACUUGGCUUGUUGACCAUUCUUUCUGUUCCAGCUACUUCCCAAUUCUUUCUUCCAGCACUCCCCAUCUUGACAUGGUUGGGCUUUUAUUUCACCAGUUCCAAAAUCCCCCAUUCUUGGAAACCUGCCAUUUCUGUUAAAGUUUUACCAGCAAUGGAAACUAUCUUGUAUGGUGAUGAUUUAUCAAAUGUGUUGGCAACUAUCACCAAUAGAGGCUUGGAUAUCUUGGCUUGGUUACCCUAUGGUUUAACCCAUUUUGGUGCUCCUUUUGUUGUUGCUGCAAUUAUGUUUUUCUUUGCUCCUCCAACGAGUUUGAGAUCAUUUGGUUUUGCUUUUGGAUACAUGAAUCUUUUUGGUGUCAUGAUUCAAUUGAUGUUCCCAGCUGCUCCACCUUGGUACAAGAACUUGUACGGCUUACAACCAGCAAACUACACCAUGCAUGGUUCACCGGGUGGAUUGGGUCGUAUAGAUGAAUUGUUGGGAGUGGAUAUGUACACUACCGGAUUUUCAAACUCACCCGUCAUUUUUGGUGCUUUCCCAUCUUUACAUUCAGGCUGUUGUAUAAUGGAAGUUUUGUUUAUGUGUUGGUUAUUCCCCCGUUUGAAGAUUCUCUGGGUUUUCUAUGCAUCUUGGUUAUGGUGGAGCACAAUGUACUUGACUCAUCACUAUUUUGUGGAUUUAACUGGCGGUGCUGUGCUAUCGUUGGUGGUUUUUGAAUUUGUCAAAUUCAAGUAUUUACCUAAAGCCAACAAACGUUGUCGUUGGUCAUACACAGAAUUGGAGUAUUACAGUGCUACAAAUGAUGACCCUUUAGGCGGUAGUUUGGCCACUACUAGUCGAUUAGUUCGUGGAGAGGGAGGUGAAGGUGAUUUGGAGAACUUUGCCUACUCAAGGGUGUACCCAUCAUUAUCGCAGCAACAAUUGCAGGUUGGACAAGACCGCAACACACAGGAAGAAGGUUUUGAAAUGGGCAACAUCUCUCGCUCCAGGUCAUCACAGAGAUCUCUUUCCUUCCUUGGAGGACAAAGUAUUGGAGUCGCGGAGGAGAAUCUUGAAGAAGAUGAUGAAGAGGAUGUGGGUUCGGAAUCAUCCAAAACCCCAUCAGUGUUUGACGAAGAUCCUCAAAAUUUUGCUACUUCUCAAACCACUUCAGUUGAAGAUUUGAUUAGUAAUUCCAACGCACUUACCGGUGGUGGUAAUGGGCCCACUGAAAAGCCGAGACCCGGGAUCAACGGUUAA